AUGGCUGAUGUUGACAUGACCGACGCGCCCACUGCGCCGGCGAAGACCAAGACCGCCAAGGCAGGCGGCGACGGUGCUGCUGAGGGCAAGAAGAAGUUCGAAGUCAAGAAGUGGAAUGCCGUCGCUCUCUGGGCCUGGGACAUUGUCGUCGACAACUGCGCCAUUUGCCGCAACCACAUCAUGGACCUUUGCAUCGAGUGCCAGGCCAACCAGGCUUCGGCGGCAUCCGAGGAGUGCACCGUGGCGUGGGGUAUCUGCAAUCACGCAUUUCACUUCCACUGCAUUUCCCGCUGGCUGAAGACCCGUCAAGUCUGCCCUCUCGACAACCGUGAUUGGGAGUUCCAGAAGUACGGCCGUUGA